UCUCUCUCUCUCUCUCUCUCUCUCUUUCGCUUAGCCGUCAGCACCACAACCUUCGCACUCGUAUUCAUGCCGAUCUUCACGUUGAUGACACUGAAUUCUGAGUCAGGCCAAUGAGGUACACAUUCAAAUCGGAUGACUGCAUGGUCAUCACCAUCCCCCUCCAGAACAUCAGGAAUACGAGGGAUGGCCAGCUGAUGCCCGAGAAGUUCACCUGCGUGUUCAAGGACAUGUACAAGGUUUUUCUGAAGGGACGACCGAAGGCUCUGGGAGCGGCGCAGAUGACCACUGGAGUUUUCAUCCUGUGUCUCGGGGCCGUUUUUAUCAGCUCCUACGGCAGCCAACACGCCUCCCACAUCGUACCCAGCUCUGUGUUUAUAGCGUGUGGCAUUCUGACCUACGCGGCUGGAUAUUCUCCGCUGAUGCCUGUGAUGAAAAUGUCCUUCAUCUUCAACAUCAUCGGCCUUUUCUGGGCCAUCGCGGCUCUUGCUCUUUGUCCUCUGAUAGAGUCUCAAUCUCACCAGGCUAAGGAUGCUCACGAUAUGUACAUUGGGCUAAAGGGUGUGCUUGUAGCGCUGCAUGCGCUCCAGUUUAUCCUCGCCGCAGUGCUGAUCUACUGGGAGAGUAAAGCCGUCUGCAGAGCGCAUUUCAACACCCUGCCCAUGAUCACACUGAAGCAGGACCAGUGAGCUGCCGAAGACAUCAGACUGAAAACUGGAUCAAAAAUUCAACAGAGGAAACUUCAAUCAGAUGAUCCGACCACAAAAGCACCUCAGAUAAGCUUAGUGCUCAGUAUAGACCCACCACUGUGUUAUCGGCAGAUUAUUUAUACGCAAUUGAUUUACAUCUGCAUACAGUCCUAAAAGUAAAGCUUCCUAAACCAACAUGCAGCUCUAAAAUACCUUUAACUGGUGUGGAACCUUCAUGUUGCAUAAGGGUUCUUUAAAUGUGAAAGGGUUUCACAGCUUAUUUACAAAUAGCUCUUUAAAUAAUCUUCCAUUAAAAGGUUCUUCAGCCCCUUUUCACUGCAGACAGAUGCAGUUCCCGCCUGUUUCGCCAUGUUUAUAAUAACAUUGACAGAUUAUAUUUGGAUGGAAAUGUGUAUGAUUUACAAAUUAGUAGAUGAGCUGUAUUUUCAUCUUCGUAGCGAGCGAGUCGACAUUUCUAAGCGCGUUUAUUGUGUUUGAAUGCUGUGUUUAUUGUGUCAGCUGUACAGGAUUGUUUGUCCGUUUUAUCUCGGCACGGCUGUCUUUGUGGAGAGGUGUGAAUAGUUUUUCACAGCAGGGGGUUCUCACCCUCCCCUUUCGCCCCUCAUUGCUCUCUAGCAGCUCAACAUUUCACACACAGAGAAACAACAGAGUUUUAGUUCAUUUGAUUACAAAAACAUUCAUUCAUGAAUUUAUUCAUUCAUUUAUUCAUUAUGCUAAUUAAAAAUGUCAGUGAAUGGUCACUAGGGGGCGCUGCAGAAAGAGGUUAUGAGUGUAUUUGAAACAGAAACGAGUUUUCUUCUGUUUUGUUUCAGUGAUUCAGUGACUCAGUAGUACGUUUGGGCUUCAGGUUCAAGAGUCAAAAUCAUGAAAACUGAAAUUCCCUCACUUUUUUCAAAUGUACACAUGCUGUACAGUCUACAUACGGAAACUACGCUGCAAAAAAAAGCCGGUUUGGAAUUAUUUGUUUUUUACGAUGCUGUGAAAACAAACAUAUAGGCUGUGUCCCAAUGCCGCUGUGACGCAGUCGGCCUUCAAAUGCAGCCUCCGAAGGACGCAGCCCCUGAAUUGGAACACAGCUAUUGACAUACAUCCUCCUAUUCAGCAUAUAGCAGUUUAGCAGUAAGUUAUAAGGAGUGUUUCAGCCUGGACUGCUUUUCUUAAAGGCACAGUAACAAAACCAGCCUGUUUUAUUCUCAGAGAUAAAGAGAGGCUGAAAAACAUAAUGUAGACCUGAAUUUUGAAUGAACUGACCAAAUUUUUCAUCAGUGGACCUAAAAAUAAGUUCUAAACUGUAGGUUAUUGGCUCUGUAGAGGGACAAUGAAGCGUUCGGCACGAGAGUUUGGCACGAGAACUGGAGAAGCAGCACUUUUUCUGAGUGUAUUUAGAACAUAAAUCAAACAGCCGUGAUACAUCAGAUCUCCGGAAUGGGAACUUUACAGGACAAAGAAAACGUCUAAUGUGAGUUAAUAUAAAAACAUUUUACUCCAAGUCAUUGUGGACUGUUUCUGUUGGUCCAUUCAUCAUGAAAUGUAACGCAAUGUAAACAGCAGUAUUUUCAAACGCUGUAAAAUCACAGAUGUGAGGUUCUGCUCUGAUAUGAAACGCUGGAUAAAGCUGUUCAUUUGCUUAAAUGUUUAAAAACCUUAUAAAGACAAAAUAAAGAAAAACGAAGGUUUAAAUUAAACGUC